GAUGAGUGAUAUCAGUCUGCUCAAACCAUUGGUAGUUUUUGAACAGCUUUUCGAAAAGAACAUACGAUUGGAUGAUCGGGGUCCACUCGAACCUGCUCCAAUUCAGCUGUCUAGUUCUGUCCUCCCUUCAUGUCACGGUUCUGCCUUGGUACACUUGGGUCAUACUCAGGUCAUCUGUGGUGUUCAGGUCAAGGUGAUUCCGGAACAAAUGCAUGCGGGCCGCAUCGUAUGUCUGGUGGAGAUCAGUCGUUCCGCCAAUCGUUCCGCCUCCACCUCAGCUUCAUCACCAACUAACCGAGAGGCUCAGGCGUUAACCUCGAAGUUGCAACGACUAAUCGACACAUUUGUGUGCCCGGAUGCGGUUGAACAGUUGCAUCUUUAUGCUGGCAGCGACUCCAAGCAGGCAGUUGCAUCAUACGCCCUUAAAUUGGAUGUUCUUGUUCUACAUGACGAUGGUUGCCUGUUGGACGCAUGCGUGCCUGCGGCCGUGCUGGCGCUUCACACUACACGGUGGCGGAAAUUGGUUGCGGUGUCUGAUGAUCGAAAAAAUAUCCCGUUUAUCCACUGCUACGAGCCGUGCCCUUCUGGGGAAAUGAUGCGUCUGACGAUUAAUGAAUCGCCCAUUCCGGUUACAGUUUGCUUUUUGCCCUUACCUGUGCUCAGAAAGUCAAAUUCACUAACUUCCCCUUUCAUAUUUCAACCGUCAAGGCGAGAACUUAGUCUUUGGGACACGGACGCCGGGCCCGUGCAGUUGCUCCUCACUCCCGAUGCGCGUCUUCUGGACAUUUGCCUAGUGAAUGCAUUUCUCCCUGGUCUGUUUGGGAGUCUUGUUCCGCCGGAGAUCCACACGAAGCAAACGGAUUCCACUCUGUUUGAUACAUUGUUUCACUCAACGGAAAAAUACGCUGCAGAUAUGUAUUCCGCUUUUGAGAAUGCAAUAAAACAACUAAAUAUAUGACCG